AUGGCAAGCCCGAGAGCAGAAGUCCGGCGUUUGGAACGCGUGUCAUCACCUUCCCUUCUUUACACUCUGCCUCCAUGCCGUAGCAAUUCUCGCAAACGCUUGCAUCAUGCGUCAGAAUCAGAUCUUGCCAGGACUUCGAGUGGACUCAAGAAUGGCGUCUCAAGCGCCAAAAAAAGCAAGAAGGACUCCUCAAAUAGCAUCAAGUGCAGCGUUAGUAGCAGCAAGAAAGCGUUAGACCGCUUUAUCCCGACGCGAAGUGCCAUGAAUCUCGACUUGGUCCAGUGUAAUUCACCUGACACAGCGGCCGCCAUUGAGGCAUCUACCAACAGAAGAAACAACACUAGCCCCAGUUCCUCAGGAGGUACCUCAUCCACCAGUACUUUAGCUGAAGACGAGGAGAAACAGAUUUAUAAGAAGAGGUUGGCUAGUGCUUUGCUGGGAAAGGAGGACGACACAAAUCACAAGAUUCUUAAGUUUACAAAGGACAAGCCAGCAGUGGCCCCGCCGGACUCAUUCAAGUCAACGCUGCAGGCAAGAUUCUCGCACAAUAAGGUGACGGUGCGACCCGCUGCUGCUGCCAAGAAACUGAACCGCCAUGUUCCCUCAGCGCCGACCAAAGUUUUGGAUGCACCAGAGUUGAUGAAUGACUAUUACCUCAAUUUGCUGUCAUGGGGAGCCAAUAACAUCCUUGCGGUGGCACUGGGUCAGUGUGUUUACCUCUGGAACGCAAUUUCUGGUGAGAUUGAUGAGCUCAUGGCUCUUGAUGGAGACGAGUAUGUAAGUUCGGUUCAGUGGAGUGAUGCUGCGGGCGGUUCGGCGCAUCUAGCUAUUGGAACAAGUGAGUCCGUGGUGCAGCUGUGGGAUGUCACUGCCUCACGUCAGGUGCGAACAAUGAAUGGACACUCGUCCCGUGUGGGUGCGCUGGCUUGGAACAGCUAUGUGCUGUCGUCGGGCUCCCGUGACAGCACUAUCGUUCAUCACGAUGUCCGAGCACGGCAGCAUCAGCUGUCAACGCUGACUAGUCAUGAGCAGGAAGUGUGCGGGCUACAGUGGUCCCCAGAUGGCACCAUGUUGGCGUCUGGUGGCAACGAUAAUGCGUUGUGCCUUUGGAAGGCUGGUAGUAUUGGCACAAGCCGCAGUAUGCAAAGCCCCGCACACCGAUUAGAGCAGCAUACGGCCGCAGUGAAAGCAAUUGCAUGGUGCCCAUGGGAGCGCAAUUUACUUGCCACCGGUGGUGGUACUGCAGAUCGCACGAUUAAGUUUUGGAACGCGACAAACGGUGCAAUGCUGAACAGCGUCGACACAGGGUCUCAAGUAUGCUCACUGUUGUGGUCUACCACAGAGAAGGAACUUUUGUCAUCGCACGGAUACUCGCAGAAUGAGUUGUGUUUGUGGAAAUACCCUAGUAUGAAUAAGGUGAAAGAGCUGACAGGUCAUACUUCUCGUGUGCUGCACUUGGCAGCAUCGCCUGAUGGUCAGACGGUAGUUUCCGGCGCAGCUGAUGAAACACUACGCUUUUGGAAGGUAUUUGGUCCCAAUCGUAAAGCACAGAAGACCGGGUCGAGCACUACUGAUCUGAGUAGUUCAUCGCUAUCGAGUGUUAUGAGCAUUCGAUAA